AUGUCCAUCAGGACCAUCUCCGUCGUCGUCCCGUUCACCGUCAUCCUCUGUGGCAGCCGGGCCACCAAUUUGUCAGUGGGGACCGCCAUUAAUGUCUCGAGGUUCGAGCCUGAAGCUCGAUUUUCCGGUGCAAUGGAGGUAAGGAUGAGGACGGCGGUGGAGUUGGUCGCCCUUCCACUACCGGCGAUUCUCGCCGUUGAUUCUACUAAUUCUGAAUAUGGAGACCUUCGUCGGGAUGUGAUGUACGCACAAGAUGACGGCGAAGCUGGUGCCGCCGCCGCCGCCGCCGCUAUUGGUUGUCUCUACGAGUCCCUCCGGCGGUCGAGGAUGUUGCCGACGGAGCUUGACUGCUCCGGUGGUCGACGACCUGCAAGUCCGAGACGAUGUGGUUCUGGAAGGGCUGGCGGCGGUGGGGAUGGCCUGAUGGGGACUCCAGCGGGCGGAGCGUUGGUAGUAGUGACAAUUGGUGGAUUUUUUAGGGGUUAUGAUUUGAGGCUUAUUGAUCGCGCCGGCGGAUCGUGA